AGUUUUUGGAUAGACCUGAGAAAGAAGAAUAACGCAGUUCUUCAUCCUUCUGGGAAUAUAUAGUAUCCAAUACUUUUGUGGGAUUGGAAUAUUUCGCAUUCAGUUACAGCCAUAUGCAGACCACUAUUUGUUUUUCUACUUGGGCUUUUUGGAACAAAACACACUUAAAGAAGUCGCCUUGCUCAUCUAGUUUUUGCAAAAAUAGUUUAAAGUCGCUUCAUAUCACGCCAAGAUGGAAUCAUAUUUGCCCUGCUUCUUUUUUGGGACAGCCUGUUAACUUCCAGUGGAGGCGAGCUCAAAGGUUACAGCAGAGAGAAAUGGGUUCAGUCACCAUGGAAGUGCGUGUCGAUGUUGGUGAGAGUGAACCCAUAGACUCGGCAAUUGCCAGGUUUCGUAGAGAAGUUAGCAAAAGUGGACACAUACUUGAGCUAAAGCGGCGACAAGAAUUUGAACCUAAUAGUGUUAAACGACAAAGAAAGAGGAAACAAGCAGCUCGAAAGGCAAAACUUGCUCUCUUCCGUGGUAAGAGGAUGGAGAAUUUCAGGAAAGAUAUCUUAUAGGAAAACGCGUUUAUUGUGAACCCGUUUUGAUCUUUUCAAUUAACGAAUCUUUUGUUUGUUGAGAGUUGUUCUCAGAUGGCAAUAUCUUAAAGUUCUGUUUGCGGUCCUUGUUUGGAAACGACG